AAGAGCAUACAUACAUUCGCAGGUUAUUCGUGCUUGCCUCUUUCGGCGCUCCCACGGGACGCUUCGUGCGAGUAACGUGCGUACCGUAGUGUUUGGAUAUGGAAURCCCGUGUUGUUUCAUUCGGCGGGACCGUGCAACACGAUACACUACUUCUUGUAACACUUCGUAACGUACCGUACCACACCUACCGCAUCGACCGAGUGCGCCCCGGAACGCCAAACCACCCCCACCCACCCGAGGGACCGACCACCAAGGAGACCGACCCCCCACCCAUGGACGAYACGGAUGCGAGCACCGAUCCYCCCGUGGCCGCAAGCGCCGCGGCCGAUCUCUCCGAKCUCCUGCGGGCCAUGACCACGACGACGACGAUCGAACCCACCGGGAAAGGCGCUGCRCCGGGRGUCCCACCGGGGGUCCCACCGGGARMYSCCUCUAUGUCGCCCCUUCCGCCCGGGGACACCGCGGUCCGCCCCCUGGCGGCGUCCCUGCCCACGACGGUCAACCGCUCGUACAAAAUCUACGGCGUUCCGACCCACGCGUUCUGCCAGGUCUUCUCGGACCGCAUCGUGGUGGGGGUGACGCAGCUCGUGACCAAGACCAAGACCGCAAAGGACACCAAGGGCGAGGGUGCGGUUGCGGUUGCGGCUGCGGCUGCCUCCUCGGGGCACAUCGGGUCCUGGGUGUACUGCCAGGCGUCCCAGUCGGAGGUCGAUCCCAAGCAGGUCGACUACGAGUUGUCGACCCUGCUGGGGGGGAGCGGCAACGCGAGGGACGAAAAGGAGGUCUACGCCCGUCGCAUCGCGGAGCGGUUGCUGGAAAAACAAUCCGUUCCGGGCGGGUCGAACAGGAUCGUCCUGCUGCUGGGGAUCUCGCUCCUUCCGGUGCCGCCGCCCGGCGUUUCCUCCRUCGAGCGCUUCAAAACACUCGUCGAGGUCCUGGUGGAGCUGAUCGAGACCGCUUUGGGGAUUGCCCUGGAGCGGUAGCGACGGGCCGGGGGGUCGCCCGUGUGCAAACAGCGGGGGCCGCCGGGCGUGCGUGCACCGCGAGCCCGGACCCCUCGGAGGGACCACAUCGAUGCUUUCGACUGCAAGAAAGCAUAGAAGGAAGU